GGAAUACGGGCCCGCGUCCGCAAAAAUGCAGUGUGUAGUCAGUAGUCUCAAAAGACUUGCUUUGCUCCCCGCCGCUACGGCCUUUUUUUCGAUUCGCUCGUAGUCGGACCGCGCACACAAUUUGUCGUUUGAGUUAAAAGAAUCUUGUGACAUCGGUAGUCGCGAAGUGACGCUGGCAAAAAGAGGACGAUUUAACCACACAAUCGAGGACGCGUCACAUAGACGAGCUUUUGCUACCCCUUCCCCCCUCAAUCCCCCUCGGGCUUCUACCCCCCGCACGGUGGGUGGAGCCGAUCAACAUCGGUGGCAAAAAUUUGCGGUUAGACGAAAGAAGUACGCUACCGGGUAAUUUACCUGACGAUCGAGCUUCUGAAUUUUACAUCGCGGGUACAUUACAGCCACGUGCAUAUUUUGGCUUUCGACGACGUCCUGAUUAAGUAACAUCGCUACUUUUCACUAUUGCGCGACGCGAUCUCGACUCAUCAAUACUUAAGUGACUUGCUUGGAAGUGAACUUGGAACUCAUCCGCAUCUAUCAAUCAAACGCUGUUGUGUCUGGAGUUUCGAAUCAGUUUUUGUUUUGGGAAACUAUUUGGAAAAGUGCCGCAGUGUGAAGGACCAGGAAAAAGGCAAGUUUUACGGUCGGUGCCCUCCAUCGCUCUUCAACGACUUAAUUUCGCCACUGUUCUGGGCCAAUAGUGCAACAGAAUCAGUCGGGGCGCUAUUGCCAUGUUUCACGAACCAUCCGGACACUAAGAAGUUCACGGCUGGGACACUAUGUCCCAGUUUGGAUUCAGAGCAUCUCCGAGCACUCAGAGCGCAGUAUCUUCGGGCCCUUCGCAAACCUCCCCACCACCUUCCGGUAUGGCUGUGACUUCUUCGGCACCUACGCCUGGCACGCCGCCAGCUUCGGCGCAGAGAUGCUGUGAUACAGGACGUCCCAUUUUCACCGAUCCCAUUACGGGACAAACUGUAUGUUCGUGUCAGUAUGAACUUUUAGGCUACCAGAGACUAGCAGGUGCUGGUGUUCCAGGCCUGCCAGCUUUAAGCAUGUACAGUGCCCCAUAUCCCGAGGGAAUGGCCGCCUACUUUCCAGCUUUAGGAGCCGAUCAGGCGCCCUUUUACACUUCCACCGCAGCCGGACUGGAACUGAAGGAAAACUUGGCAGCUGGUGCGGCUGGAUGGCCGUAUCCAUCCGUUUAUCAUCCUUAUGAUACUGCUUUUGCCGGAUAUCCAUUCAAUGGAUAUGCAAUGGAUUUGAAUGGAGCGCGAAGAAAAAACGCCACUCGCGAAACCACCAGCACUCUUAAGGCGUGGCUCAAUGAGCACAAGAAGAACCCCUAUCCCACCAAGGGGGAGAAGAUCAUGUUGGCAAUAAUCACGAAAAUGACUUUAACCCAGGUAUCCACAUGGUUUGCCAACGCCCGGAGGAGGCUGAAGAAGGAAAACAAAAUGACUUGGGAGCCGAGGAACAGGGUGGAGGACGACGAUAAUAAUAACGACGAUGAUGAUCAAGACCACAAAAGCACUGAUGGAAAGGAUAUUUUAGACUCCAAAGAUUCCGGCACAGCCUCAAGUGAGGACGGUGACAGGCAGCCUCAUUCCCGGCUAGCUCCGGAUACACCUUCAGAAUGGAGCGAGUCCAGGCCGGACAGUGGUCCAGACAGUCCGGAAAUAUACGAGCGUCCUCCACACCCGGCGUUCCUGCCGGCCAGAUCCUCCGGAAGUCCCACUCAGAUGAGUCAAAGUGUUCCUCCAAAGCCGCGGAUUUGGAGCCUGGCCGAUAUGGCCUCUAAGGAAAGCAGUGAUUGCUCCCCAGGCUCCACUCCUACUAGCAUGUACUCGACGGCUUCUAGUAGAAUGAUGGCUCCACUGGGGAGCCGAUUGCCGCCUCCAGGACUCCACACGGCGCCCUACGCACGUCCUCAUGACUUCUACCGGAGUCUCUAUGGGCCAGCAGCCGCCCAGCACCUUGUGGCCCAAGCUGGAUCACCCGACUCCAGUCUACUGGAAACCUACCAGAGGACCUUGGCGGCUCAGCAGAAUGCCAUCAAAACAAGCCUGGCGAGUUCUUUGAGUUCCACCUCUGGCAAUGUUGGAGGCGGACCUGCGAGCUUAAAUAUCUCCACAUCAUCAGGGAGCAGUGGAGUUCCUCUUGGUCUCACCACUCAUUCUUCGCGGAUGUCGCCCUCCUCCACCACGAGUUCUUUGAGUUCGGCCGGAGGCGCCGACAGCCCCAUCAAGCCAGUGGCGUUGAACAAAGUUUGAUAAUCGCGCGUUCUCGUAAUUUCAGUCUAUCUACCUCUACGUUAAAGUUUGCAAUUUAAUUCACUUAAUGGGGUGGAGUGUGCACUUGAAGGUCCUUUCACCGUGGAGGGUAAGUUCUUCUCCGUUUUCUUUUUGUUUUUGUUUUCGUUUUUAUUCUCCGCUUUUUCGUGCGCACUCUCGCCGAUGCUUUAAUGCUAAAAAGACCAAAAUGGACAAUACUUAAAUUUAAAAAGAAGAAACUAAACGGACGCCUUCACUUCUUUGACGUGCUGUACUGUAUGUGAUAUAUAUUUAUCUUGAUUUGUUCCUUAGACUCUUCAAAUGUUAGGCGCCCUUGUUGUACAUAAGCGUAAAACCGUCCUGGCUUCCAUCUCGAUUUCUGCUCAAUAUCGGUAUUAUACCGGGUGUUUUGAUUUUCACGGGAAAUAUAUGUUGAACUUAUGGCAGGAGGAAGUUUAGUUGCGUGGUCUGGACAAUUUCCAAUAGGAACACGUGCACUUUUGUUCUGUUUCAAAAUUCCGGCCUUAGAAUGCGAAAACCACUGGGUAUAAUACGUUUUUCAGAAGUUCGGAAAAUUCGAUCUCAACUGAGGAGUUUUGUACUGUAAAAUAGCCAGAUAUGUGCAAUAAAAGCUGUUGAUUCAAUGAAAGGAAAUCGAGCCCGAAGCCACGAUCUCGUGGAUGUGCGACGCUUCCCAUCUUCAUAGCCAUCAGUUAUGGACUUUUUGUAAAUAUACUGCUGGUGUAAAGCGAGCAGUUGAAACGGUAUUUUGUAUUAUUGUAUCUAUAUGUACAUGUAACUAAUAAUAAACAAAUAGCUGUAGCUAAAACAUAAUGUAUUAAACAAAAAGAUAACGUCGCUAUUAUAGGUCAUGUAACAAUAUUUAAUAUAAAAUUAAAUAUGUGGAAAUCUAGCUGCGAAGUCUGUGUAAGAAAAAAUACCAAAAGCAUUCGAGUCGUACUUGUCCGUGGUCCUUCUCUCCGUUAAGCACACGAGAAAUUGUUUUGUUCGCGUAAAAACUUUUAGAUUUGUGAACAUAUCGAAUAUUAAUUAUAUAGACCAGUUGUUGAAGAAGAAAGUGAAACCAGUCGUGUGUAAAAUAAGCUGCAAUAAAUAUAUCGAACAUUAUUUAAAAUA